AUGCGUAUCAGUGCAUGCAUGCAUAAAUACGACAUUAAAAAAGUGACCAAGAUAAUUUGGUGGAAUAGGGCCAGUCUUUUCCGCUUUUUGCAUCCUUUUGUUCUCUAUUGGGCCUCGGCUUCAAUGCACUCCACUCUGCUCUGGUCGGACAUCGACCUAUUUAUUCAAGUAAACGUGUGUUACGAGCUACCUACUACAACAGUUAUGGACUUUCUACAAACGAAUGGAUCAUAUCGACUUGGAAAAUGGAAAGAUUUGCACGAGCUAUACAAUUCAUCACCACUUUGUGAAAAAUGGUUAGCUAUGAAUAUAUUAGAUACAUGUGACUCGAUUGUUGAAAUGUACAUAAACAAAGUUAAAAUCUUGUCUGAAGCCAUGAGCGCACUUCUGGCGGUAUUUCUUUGCUUAAUCGCACUCAUUUUUGUUAGAUUUCUCUACAAGGUUGUGUGGAUUCCAUUUCAUGUACAAAAUGUAAUGCGAUCACAAGGAAUAAAAGGUCCUCCUUACAAUUUUUUUCAUGGAAACAACAAAGAAAUUGUGAGCAUUAAGUUACAAUCCAUGAAAUAUCCUAUGGAGUUAUCCCAUGAUAUUUUCCCUAGAGUUCAACCUCACUUCCAUCAAUGGAUGAAGUCAUAUGGAAAGAAUUUUCUUACUUGGGCGGGGCCUCAGCCUCAUAUGGUGAUUACUGAACCCGAGUUAGCCAAAGAAAUACUAAACAAUAAAGAAGGUAUGUACCCAAAAAUGAAAAUCAGAGGCAUUGUGAAAAAGUUCCUGGGAGAUGGGCUUGUUGUAGCAGAAGGGGAGAAAUGGUUCAAAGUACGAAAACUGGCUAACCAUGCUUUCUAUGCAGAGAACUUGAAGGAUAUGGUUCCUGCAAUCAUUGCAAGUGUUGAAACUAUGCUCCGAAAAUGGAGAGAUUACGAAGGCAAAGAAAUCGAUGUAUGCCAAGAAUUCGUGGUUUUGGGUUCAGAAGUGAUUUCCAGGACAGCUUUUGGAAGCAGUUACUUAGAAGGGAAAAACAUAUUUGAAACGUUAACACGAUUAGGCUUCAUCGUUGCCAAAAGUGCUGAACAGUUUCGGAUUCCAGGCAUCGAGAAAAUAUUUAAGACCGAGUAUGACAUUGAAUCGGACAAACUCGAGCGGUCUCUUCGGGACUCAAUCAUGUCGAUAAUAAAGAAGAGAGAAGAAAAUGUAAUGACGGGAGAAGCAGAUAAUUUUGGAAGUGAUUUUCUUGGAGCACUGCUAAGAGUUCACCACGAUUCUGAUAAGAAAAAUAGAAUAUCAGUAGAUGAUGUAAUUGAUGAAUGUAAGGUAUUUUACAUUGCUGGACAUGAAACAACUAGCAGCUUACUGUCUUGGACUUCUCUUCUGUUAGCAAUCCACCCAGAUUGGCAAGAAAAAGCAAGAAAAGAAGUGCUUGAACUAUUUGUAAAAGAAAAUCCAACAUCAGAAGGCCUUGCCAGAAUGAAGACUGUAACAAUGAUCAUCAACGAAGCCCUAAGACUUUACAGCCCGGCAGCAAGUCUCGUAAGAAGAGUGAAAAGAAAAGUUCGACUGGGGAAGUAUGAAUUUCCAGGGAACAUGGAGUUGCAUAUUCCACAACUUGCACUCCACAGAAACACUGAAAUGUGGGGAGAAGAUGCUCACCUUUUCAAGCCAGAGAGAUUUGCAGAAGGGGUGGCUAAGGCAACAAAGAAUAACCCCAUGGCAUUCCUCCCAUUCGGUUCAGGACCCCGAACGUGCGUAGGCCUGAACUUCGCAACAAAUGAAGCGAAAAUAGCACUCUCAAUGAUCCUUCAGCGCUAUAAAUUCACAUCGUCUCCAAAUUAUGUUCAUUCCCCUCUAUUGAUUAUCACUCUACGCCCUCAACAUGGAGUGCAAAUCAAGCUAGAAUCAGUUGGGGUCUGAUAUUUUACAUUAGCAUAAUCCAAGAAAAAUAAAGAAAUAUAUUAUGUG